UCUGAUCUGGCCGGCCGCCGACGUACGUUAUUUCAGAGCACUACGAUUAUUGUACAUGUAGUACGCUCGGCUGGUGCGAUAAUGUGUUGGGCGACUAUACGGGGGUACCAAAUACAUGCUAUAAAAUAAACAUUAAUUUGAGCAAUGCGCCCUCUUGCGGUUAGGAUAGGAUGGCUAAGUACGACUACGAGUGUGUUAUUAUCGGUGCUGGUGUUGUGGGGUCCAGUGCUGCGUAUCAGCUGGCUGGGCAUGGACACAAAGUUCUCCUUUUGGAUCAGUUUGCCCUACCUCACAGCCGAGGAAGUUCCCAUGGAUCGGUGCGCAUUCUCCGCUAUCCAUACACGGACCUCAGGCACCACCAGGCCAUGCCUGAGCAGUACGAGAUGUGGCAUGAGCUGGAAAAGGAAGCCGGCACGCAGUUGACGCACAAGAUAUCCAUGUUGAGAGUCACACCAACAAAAAAUGAGGUCUACCGGCUGACGUUCAGCCUCAUCCGGCAAUCCCAGCUGGCUUGCUUGGAGCUGAGCGAAGCCCAGGUCAAGGAAAAAUACCCAUUUCUGGACAUAACCGGCAGGGCUGCUUUUCUGCAAGAGGAAUGCUUGACCAUUGACGCUCACAAAGCUGUCCAGUGCCUGCAAAGUCAGUUUGUGAAGAAUGGAGGUGUCAUACGUGACAAUGAAAAAGUGUUGAAAAUUGAGCCAGGGCCAGUCGUCACCGUCCACACCAAUAAAGGUGGCUGUUACAGGGCCAAAGGCAUCAUUUUGGCCCCUGGAACCUGGGCUUCAGGCUUGCUAAAAUCCCUGGGACUGAACCUUCCAAUCAAGGCAUGGAGAGUGAAUGUGUGUUACUUCAAAGAAAAAGUGCCAGAAUCGCACAGGAAAAUCCCAUGUGUUAUGUAUCACACGGAUGAAGGGUUUGAAAAAGUCCUAAUUGUAUUUCCCAGCAGAGAGUACCCUGGUCUUGUUAAAAUCAACUAUCACCUGCGCUGGGAUGAAGUGGACCCCGAGUGCAGAGAUUUGGAAGCCUCCAAGACACAGCUUGACAUCGAGGAAAUCAAAAUGUUUGUGAAGGAGCGCAUGCCCGCGCUGGAGCUGGAGCCUGUCCUCGUUGAACCUUGUCUCUACACUUGCAUGCCAGAGGAAGACCUGCUCGUUGAUACCCACCCGCUGUAUAAGAAUAUUGCCAUUGCCUGUGCUAUGUCUGGUAAGGGAUUCAAGAUGGCACCACUCAUUGGCAAGGUUCUUGGAGAAAUGGCCCUGGGGAAGCCUCCUAGCUUUGACACCAGCCUCCUCAGUUUCAAGCGGUUCCUUUCCACCACAUCUCGGCCCAAGCUGUGAAGGUUGCACAGCUAAACCAACUGAGCAGUUUUACUCCUUUUGAUCCUUUGUGGGCCUUUUGGGUGCAUUGUAGGGCUGAUAAUGAUAUGUUACUCUUUCACGUUAACAUUUUUAGCUCAGUGAAAUAUGUUACGUCUGGCCUUCCUCUAAACAUUGCUUCAACUUAGUGAGAGGACAUUUAUUCAGUGUUGUCUUUGUGGAUGCAAAUUAGAUGCCCAAAUAUACAUUUAUCACAGAGAAAUAUAAAUAUCAUUAAUAGUAUCAUUGUUACAUAACAUUCAGAAGAAAAUGACAACAUUUAGGUGUGAGGUUAAGCAGACAGACAACGAGGAGGCAAUCAGAAAAAAACAUACAGACAAGGGACAAACAAAACAUAGCAUACGGUAGACAGGUGUGAGACAAAGGCAAGAACACUUCAGAAUAGUUAAGUAUAUUUUUCUAUUGUAAGUAUUGAGUUUCAAGUUUUUUUACAAAGAUGGGUAAAGAUAUUGAUUUCAAAGAAUCAUCUAAGUGUUUACAAUACUGUAUACCUUGGUGAAUAACAUUAUUUUUAGACAUUGACGUCCUGUUAAACUUGACGUACAAGUUUCUCUUUGAACUACUUCAUGUAUUGUAAUCAUGGAUGGUUGAUGUCAAGGUAAAACGGGUUUUAAGACAAGGAGGGAGUAGGUCAUGCCUUAAUUUGUACAUAAACUUUGCUAGAUUCAGGUGAUAUAGGUCAUUACAUUGGUAAAAGAUUUAAUUUAGCAAACAAUGGAGCAGAAUGAUCACGGUGACUGGCAUUUGUGAUUAUACGAACUGCUCACUGUUGUGGAGUAAGUAAUCUGUUACAUCUACCGGUAGAUGGCGAGCAGCCUCAGGUAAUAAUAGCAUAAUUCAAAUAAGGUAAAACUCAGGAAUUAUACAAUGUUAAUAAAACCUUAUCAGGAAGAUAAAACCUUAAGCCAUUCAUAAUGCCUUUAUUCUUGGAUAUUUUUGUAGCUACCUCAUUGAUAUGACAUUUCCAAGUAAGAUUUUCAUCCAUUGUUACACCCAGAAAUUUUGUACUUUUAACCUGGGUCAAUCUUGAAUUGUUUAAGAUCAAAUGAGCAUUUGGUGUAUACUUAAAUUUAAUUGAACAAAAUAUUAUGUAAUGUUAUUUAAGGGCAUUGAUACACAAUUUGUUUGCUAAAAGCCACUAAUUAAUUUUAGAAAGUUCCAAAUUAAGGUUUUGGAUUGCUUCAUUUACAUUAUUGUGUUUAUACAACAAACUCGUACCAUCGGCAAAUAAACAAAAUGUUGUACUGUUUA